CUGAGCAAAAGAUUCCUCCCUUGCUGUACCAACAAGGCAGUGCCUGAUCCAGUUGUAAGGCAAAUAGCAAGGGCAAAGUGAUUCCUGGGAAUCUAAGCUUCCCUUGCAGUGGUGGGGAAGUUCUCAUCUCAUAAUUCUGUGGUGUUAUUAUGCUCUAUCAUGGCUCUUGGAGACAGCACCACUGCCCACUCCAAGCAUGAUGGUGUGGUCUUGGAUGGCAAAAACACAGGAGCUGCAAUGUCCAUCCAGGGACAUCCUUCAGGCAUGCCAGGAAGCAACUGCUGCUGCAUCAACAUCUAUGUCAAUAACAAUGUCCAGGGGGUGACAAAUUCUGUUCUGUUCGGGAGCAAGGUCGUCAUGCGAGAUCCUCGAGCAAAAUUAUCUUUGAGACGGCGCCUUGGAGGAUGCAAGGUUGAUGGAUGGAGGGCGAAGGCUGGGGACGUUGAAUCGGUGAAGGCUCCAGUUUUCUGGGCCAUGCUGCUUGUUUUGCUGAGUUUUGUUAUUUUCUUGGUAUCCUGGAUGUGGCAAUGUGUAACAUCAUAACUCCAUUCAACAUCUUGUAACAAAAUCGUCAAUGCUGGAAAGAAAAAUUCUUAGCAGAUUAAAUAAUAUUUUGCUUUCGGUUUC